UGGAAGAGGAGUAGGCAGCUAGACCCAGGCUCCUGAAGCUGGCAGGGAGCAUGGAGGGAAGUGCCAAGAUCAAGAUCCUAUCACAGUUCAGGGUUGGGACAGGGGAGUCCUAAUAUUCACGAAAGUGAAAGCGCGGGAGAGACGUUGAGGGUGUGUGCGCAGAGGGUGUGUGCCUGGUAAACCCCAUAGACGUGGCAGCUCCGGGUAGGGGCCAACCAAGCUGGGGUGGCAGGUUCUUCCUUGCCCUGCUGGCUGCCAGUCCCCAGGGAGCCUUGCACCAGGCGGACAAUGCACCAGGCUGGCCGCCAUCCCUGGUCUUCUCCAGCUGUGAACGGGUCAGCGGGGCAGGAGCCCCAGAGGCAGCUCCCGGAUAUGCUGAGUGGGGCUUGGGAACCACCUCGAGGAGAUGGGCUGCCCCUGCUCACUGUCAUCGUCACUGCCUUUGUCCUGCUGGCAGUCUGUAUUGUGGUGGCAGUCCACUUUGGGCCAAGGCUACAUCAGGGCCAUGCCACUCUCCCCACAGAGCCACCAGCCCCGAAGCCAGAGGGUGGCAUCUACCUCAUCCACUGGCGAGUGUUGGACCCCUGGGACAGUCAUGAAGAUGCCCAGCAGGAGCCUCCUGUCCCUGGCUCCUACCCUGUGCCAGAUGGGCCUACGCUCAGCAUUGAAGAAGUCACAUAUCUAUAGGAGGAAGACUUUGAAAAGCUGGACUGACCUGGCUCAGAACAAGCAACUGGACAGAGAAUUAGGGCAAAAGAAAAUUGGGUCUUGGGCAUCAGAGCUUUGGAAGGGCACACAUGGACUCAGCAGGAGCUGCUCUCCCUGCAGAAUAUUUAUAGAGAAAGCCCUGAUGUGGACAGGAGAAAUAAAAGAAACUUGAGGGCUUUGCCCAGAAACAUGCUGCUGUGAGCAUUCCGAGUGCCAAAGGCCACCUUUACAAAGCUACCCUCUCCUUUUCAAGGACCAUCAGAUCCCUGACCAAGUCCUCACUCUCUCCUCUCAUCCCUAAUCUCCUUUGCUUUUGUUGUUAAUGUGAGUCCAGCUUGAAAGAUUCCACCACCCACUCCACCUCUGUGCAGGGAUAUCAGAGUCUCCCUGUGGAGGUCCCGUCCCCAAAGCCCCCAGGUCCUGUGAGGGCCAGCCAAGGAGAGGGAAGGCAAAGAACCCAGGGGUCUGCCUUUUCCGGGACUCAGGAAGAGAAGGAAAAUUUGCUGCCUUUCACUGAUUGAAAGACAUCCCUUUGGCUUUUGGUGUCUAGGCCUUGUCAGCAACUUCCGAGGCCCUUGCAAAGCCCCAAGCACCAAUUCUAGCUCCUCAAAAUGCUUUUGAAUGCCUUCCACUGUGUUGGGGCAAGACCCUGUCUCACCUUCCCAGUGUGGGAUGGGGGGAUUUGGGAGAUUCCCAUUACCUCCCCUGUUCUGUGUGUAUAGGCCUAUUGGAACAGGCCUAAAACUUAUCCCUGGACAUUUCCCAAAUCCGGAACCUUCCAGUCAGUGGGAAAACAGGAAAGGAAGAGGAGCUUUGUGGAGUUUGUUUAAAGGAAGGAAGGAGUGAGGAGAGGAUUUAUAGGGGGUGGGGUGCGCAUAGGAGUUGUUAAGAUGCAGGAAGACAGAGCUGAGCCUCCUGGUGGCUCUCUGGAAAGGCACCCUUGCCCUGACACCUUUGAAUCUCACUCGUGUGCUGUCAAGAACACGCAGACAGGCAUUUAUGGAGAGACCUCUGGGUACUUUACCCUGGAGAACGCUUGAGGACAACAGACCAACACUGGGCACUGCCCUUGGUGAAACCCUAGCACAGUCAGGAAGGGUAGGAAAUAACAGAAGACAAAGAGGAACAGAGGUGGAGAUUGUAAUGUAUACAGAGGACUGGCUUGCCUCCUUUGGGACUGGUGAGAGGCAACUAUAAUGUUAAUAGCUGCUCCUUCUUGUAGUCCAGCUCUGUGCUGAGCACCCGGCCCAUCUGUGGACCUGUGGAUAUUAUAUUGUUCCCUCCUCACCUUGGGAGGAAGAGCCACUGUUAUCCACAUUGUAUAGUUGGGGAUAUCAAGAUACCCAGGGGGACACAGGUACUAACCAGUGAAGGCAGGUUUGAACCUGAGCUGUCAGACUCCACAGCCUAAGCACCAAGUUGGGGGCUGGAUGGGUGGGGGAAGGUCAUUUUGGAAAGGCCCUUGAUUCUGCCCUGGUUUCUAGGUACAGGAGUGACUGAUGUAAUGCUGGAGGAUCCUCACAUCUUGGGGACAGAAUGGCUAGGACAGCUGUGAGGAAGAGGAGAUUGCAUCCCCCUUUACUCCCUUGGCUGUGUCAUCCUUGGGGGCAGUUGGUUCCUUCUGGCAAAUGUGUGCCUAUGUGUGGAGUCUUUCUCCACAGAGACGAUGUACACAGAAAUUCAUAUCGAGUGUUUGUGAUAAAAACAGAAGUGAGGGGCACCUGGCUGCCUAAGUCAGUAAAACAUCUGAUUCUUGAUCUCAGGGUUGUGAGUGCAAGCCCCACAUUGGGUGUAGAGAUUAAUUUAAAAAAUUAACAACAACAACAACAACAACCAGAGGUGAGAGGUAGGGAACAAAUCCUGGGUAGAACAGGUGGAACUGGUAGAAAUGGGCUGCCUGUCUUCCCAGAGAGGGGCAAUUUUUCCACUACAGCAUUGCUACAAUGGCUCAGUUUUAACAGUGAUGGCAUAAGAUACAGCAGGUGCUUGGCUGUGUUGUCCAAGGUCCCCCAGAGUGUAUCCCAUCUCCACACACAAAUGCUCUUCUCCCCCCACCCUUUAUCCCUUUGCAGGCUCUAUCAUCUGGGGACAUUCAUUCAGUGCCCCCAGCUCCUUUGAGCAGCCCCUUGCCUGGGAUCCAGCUGUGUACCCCUCAUGGCAUCUGCACACCUGCUCAGGACGCUCUGUAUUCCCCAAGCCUCCCACUAGGGACAAGAGCCAUAAAAGGACAGGCAGAUGCCAUGGGGUGCGCUACCUUCUGCACCCUCAGCCUGACUGCUGGGCUCUGUUCACAGUGAAAUGAUACUCACCACCACUCUGUCCUGUCCUAGAAUAAGGAGGGGUAUAAGGAAGUAUGUCUGUGCAAGUGGAUUUGGACAU